AAAAUCCGAUUUCUAGCCCACUCCAGGCAACCUCCUGCUUAACUGACUCGAUUUCAAGUUCGUCGACUUUGCUUUAAAGAAAUUGCGCAGUCUUCAGUAUGUCAGACUCCAAGGCCGACGAUUUUUAUUCUUCCUUCGAGCCAUAUGGCUCUGAAUUCACAAAGCAAGGUGGUGGCCUUGACUUUGCUUCAUUUCACUCGCCUUCAGACAUCCUCGCACCCCACCCCGAUCUAUUCGAAUUAGAACUGGAUUCAAGCCUUGCGGCUUUCAACGAAGUCCAGCUGCAGCUCCUCACAGUAGACUCCAACGACGCUUACUCCUUUUUGAGAUCCGAUACUCCAACGUGUGGUCCUCCUUCCACGAUCACAGUUUCCUCCGAGUCUGCAUACGACACUCUUUCCACUCACUCAGAGUCUCUCUAUAACUACCAGGACUCUCCGUCCUUUUCUACCAAUUGUUCCUUUCCUUUAGACUUAGAGAUGGAUUUCCAGCGAGUUCGUGUCGGUGGUAGCGCUUGCUCCGACUAUGGUAUUAAUUCCGCUGCGCAGUCUGCCAAUAAUUCCCUUCCCAUGACUGUCGACCCCAGUACUUUUGGGACCUUGCCCCUUAGUCCCCGCAGUCCUUCCGUGACUGCGCCUGCUGCAGACAAUUCCUAUAAGCGCACCAGCUAUUCAGACUACGGAGGCGCAACUCGCAUUCCUGCGGUACCCAAGUCCUCAUCCGCAGAAUAUUUCCUCAACUAUAUCGCCAGCACCGACCCCGCCAUCUCCCCUAACAUGUCACAAUUAUCUUCAUCGUCAUCCCCUCCACCUCUCGCAAGGUCACUCAGGGGUGUUGACGAUCAGUCCAAAGACGAUCCUCGUAAGAGGUACCAGUGCCCUUCAUGCCCCCGAGCAUUCGCUCGGGCUUACAACUUGAAGACACACAUGGCAACCCAUGACCCAAACCGUCUUAAACCCCAUGUGUGCCCUCACCGCUCGUGCGGGCGGUCCUUCAGCCGCAAGCAUGAUCUCGGGCGUCAUUUGGUUAGCAUUCAUCGUGAUGAGUCCGUGGCUUCCACGCCGUCAUCGGCGGUGAAGUCCAUUGGUGUCGACAGUGGUCACAGGAGUUGGUGUGACAGCUGCGGCAAAGGAACAGUCGGUGCUUCGGCACAGUGCUUGUGCGCCGAUAUAAAGUAAUUGCAGAAUGUGUCCUGUUUAACCACUAUGCCAUAUGCGAGUAUAUUUCGCUACUCGCUUCGUCGUAGUCGAUGGUCGAUUCGUCCACUGCGCGCUUCUGAUGACGUAUCAUUCCUCUAUCUGCGCUAUUUCCGUUCUCGACGUGUUGCGUAUCGUACCGUUCAGCCAUAGUUGCUGAGCCCAGUGACGAACGUGAUCUCGGGUUGCCUACCUCAUUUAUGCCUACCUUCGUCCAUGAUGGACUGGUAAUAUUCUAUUCGUUGGGAUACUUUAUUUGUGUUAACUGCUAUUCGACGAUGCUUUGACUCUUCCAUAACAUAAAAGUUCACCUUUUUAACUCCUUCCUUAUAUCUUGGAGGGCGCGUUGGUGUUAUUCUGCUACCUUUGUUAUGUAUGUACCCAGUGCACGGAAAUACCACUAUUUAUGCAUU